GCCCUGGCGAUGACGGUGCAGCGCGACGAGCGCGACGCGCGCGCGCCGCGGACCAGGUUCAUGAUCACGGACAUCCUCGACGCUGCGCCGCGGGACCUCAGCGCGCACAGAGACUCCGACUCUGACCGGUCAGCUACUGAUUCUCCAGGUGUUAAAGAUGAUUCAGAUGACGUAUCGAGUAAGAGUUGCGGUGGCGACGCGUCCGGACUGGCCAAGAAACAGCGGAAAGCGCGCACGGCGUUCACCGACCACCAGCUACAGACGUUGGAGAAGUCCUUCGAAAGACAGAAGUACCUCAGCGUGCAGGACCGCAUGGAACUCGCUGCCAAGCUAGGGCUCACCGACACACAAGUCAAGACCUGGUAUCAGAAUAGACGGACAAAAUGGAAGCGACAAACGGCGGUGGGCCUUGAGCUGCUAGCGGAGGCGGGAAACUACGCGGCGUUCCAGCGGCUGUAUGGCGGGUACUGGGCGGGCGUACCGGCGUACCCCUCACACGCCGCACAGCCCGCGCCCGCCGCAGCCGCUGAUUUGUACUACCGGCAGGCCGCCGCAACCGCCGCAGCUGCAGCCUCCGCUACAGCAAACACGCUACAGAAGCCGCUGCCCUACAGGUUAUACCCUGGAGCGCCUCUUGGUGGUGUGCCGCCCCUGGGCCUUGGUUUACCGGGACCUUCAGCCCAUCUGGGCUCACUGGGGGCGCCGGGACUGGGGGCCCUAGGCUAUUACGCGCAGGCCCGACGUUCGCCCUCCCCGGACUUGGAUCCCGGCAGCCCCGCGCCCCCGCCGCGUUCCCCGCGAGAACCAUCGUUAGAGAGACGCUCCGAUGAUGAAGAUGAUGAUGAACCUAUUCACGUCUAAUACCAGUGAAAACAAAGACUUAAAAAUCUCAAGUUGAAAUAUUUGAAAAUCGAAUCGUGAUAUAGACACGAGUAAUAACGUGAAAGUGAAAUAAAGUGCAUGGAUAAUUGAACAAGGACUUCCUUGUUAAAUACGUGGUUCGGUAAAUAAUGUGGACUGGUUAUGGUUUAUAUAGACACACAUGUUGCAUUUGCACAGAAAAUUUCGAAACCCGCAAAACGUAUUCGAAAUGAUUCCUCACGGUCACUACGUCACGUCACCCAGAUGAUUGUGAAGUGUGGACGCAGGUCCGUUAUUAUGUGAUAUUAUAAGCCGAGAUUCGUAUUAAGUAGACGUAAAUCAUUUGUAAUAUAAAUAUAAUAAAAAUCGAUGUCGUGUAACUAUUAGAAUAACGCUUUGUAGACUUCUUGCGACACAUUAACAACACAAAUUACUUUCAUGUUUGAAAAGACCGCGCAAUGUUUUAUUAAAAAAAAAUUAAUUGGUUGU